UCCCCUUCUUCUCUCAUUGCAUUCACCCGCUCACACACACACACUCACUCUCUCACACUCUCCUCCUUGUUGCUCCUCUUGUGCUGCAGACAUGGCCCAGACUUUUGUUGGCACCUGGAACCUCAAAUCCAGCGAGAACUUUGACGAGUACAUGAAGCAGCUGGGUGUUGGUUUCGCCACCCGCAAGGUGGGCAACCUGACCAAGCCCACCACCAUCAUCUCUGUGGAGGGCGACAAGGUGACGGUGAAGACGCAGAGCACCAUCAAGAACACAGAACUCUCCUUCAAGCUGGGGGAGGAGUUUGAAGAGACCACCGCCGAUGACAGGAAGGUCAAGUCCAUAGUGACCAUAGACGGGGGCAAGAUGGUGCACAUCCAGCGGUGGGACGGCAAGGAGACCAGCCUGGUGCGAGAGGUCAACGGCAACGCCCUGACACUGACGCUGACGAUGGGCGACGUGAUUUGCACACGUUCCUACGAGAAGGCGGAGUGAAGGACGCCCUGAAGUUCUUGACCAGUCAGCAUUUCUUGUGACCCCCCCCCCCCCUCCUCACAUCUACUGUAAAAACACUGAUUAGUAAAUUCAAUUGUUUUCUUUGUUUGCCGCACUAAAUGUGUUGAAGAGAAAUAAUGUUACAACUUUGGGAAUUUAAUAAACCGAUAUCCCACA